AUGUGUCCUUCCGCCCAACUCUUUGCGUAUUUUUCCGACGUCGUUCCUUCUUUGCCUAUAACCACCUCCUCAGCCGACAUACCUACAAGCGAAGCUUCCGUGAUAGACGCGUCUAUACCAACUCGAACAACCAGCAAAAUGCCCGUUUCUCCUCGCAAAACACACGCUCGACUACGACCUCAAUGUAUACAUAACGAUUCUGUUAACCAACUUACUACCCUAAUGCCGAGUUUUACGCUUCCCAACACAGAUGCGAAACUUACCGAAGACAUCCUUCACCGUGUUACAAACUUUGCAACACCGCCAGCAUUCAUUCAUCCUUGUCAACAAUAUGUAUACUUCAAUGGCGAAAACAUUGAUAGAUUUUCCUAUCGCUAUGGUUUCGUACGCGGUCUGUUUGCGGAUACAUACUUUACAGUGGCUAACUACAACAUUCGCUUUUGCUGCCACGCGUAUGUCCUCGCACAAACUCCAUUUCUCCUCGAUCAAAUGCUCAAGUCAUCAACUAGAGGCGAAAUAUCAUUGGACAUAGUGGACAGUAACAUAACAUACGAAUCCAUCUGCUUCGUUAUUGGACAUUUAUACGGUAUCGAAGGGGAUGUAUUACUGACCUUGCAUCAUGCACCGGGGGUAUUAGCAUUUGCAUACAUGAUGGAUGUGAAAGACAUAUGUGAGAAAGCGUGUGAGAUAAUCAAACAAAAAAUAAAUGAAGAGAAUGUCGAAAGGUUUGUGAAGUUUGUAGAGGGAACGAAAUAUGGGAAGUAUACGGAGGAAAUUGAAAGUGCAGUGGAGACAUAUUUGACAGUGGAGUUGGGUGGUAUAGCCUUUCAUCAACCUUUUGAAAUAGACAAUCAGGAGAAAGGAAGAUCAAUAGACGGUGACUGCGGAGCGUGGAGAAAUGGUCAUAUGAGUUGUUGGGAGAAGAAUUGUUGUGUCAACAAGACAGGUUUUAAAGGGGCUUGUAAUAGUAUUUCAUCAACAUUUACAACCUCGGGUUCGUCUAUUACGUUGUUAGGGACGUAUACCAACCCAAGGAGUUAUAUACGGAAGAUCCGCUACAUUCCGAAACCACUACUUUCAAGUCAUCCUUUUCCCUCACAGAUAUUCUAUGACGGUCGAUAUCAGCCUAUUCGCAACCCCCUCUUAUCUCCAAAGCCUUCUCUUAAGCAAGCCUCAUCUGCCCAUAAGAAGUCUGUACAAUGGUGUUCUAAUCUACAUGAUUCUGUACUCAAUAAUCACCCUCCAUACAUCGAUGUCCGUUAUCUGCGUACUGCCAAUCGCGUAAUUAAACCUGGAUACGAAAAGCUACUUGAUAUCUAUUCCAAACUUCCCUUCAAUUGGAUGAAACGAUGCGUGGAAUCAAAAAACUUGGGAAUUGAUUUUCCAGUGAGAGACAAAUUAGCUCAGGACGUUGUAAAGAAAAGGGCCUGUGAGAAAAUUGGGGGGAAAAGAGAACGAGUGGAGUAUAAAUUUGGGGUUGGCUGUGGGUCACACGUUGAAAUCGUACAGGCCAAGAGCCAAGGGAGGGGUGCAUAA